AUGUCUCUGUUCCUUUUGCACACCCCAGCUUGUGCUCCUGAUGCUGGGUUUGUCGACCCCCCUAGGCAGGAGCAGGAGAUCCCAGCCACAGCAACUACGUAUGAGCUAGACUCGCUGCUCGACUCACGACGGCCGGAGGAGUGCGAAUGCUGUGGCCGGAAGAAGCGCCGGGGGUCAUUUGACGCAUAUCCUGACAACCCUUCUCGCCCUGUCCUCUCUCGACGACCUCAUCCUCCACACUUACGGGGCUGCAAGCUCCUCGUUGCUGCUUUGUUGCAUUUCGCGUGUUGUGUUCGCUCGCGAAGGAGAUAUCAGCUAUUAACUCGUUAUCGUUACCACAAACAGAAGAAACCAUAUUCCUCGAUCUCGGUUCACGUGGAACAACUGACCUCCGAAACCUACGACGAAGACGAUCUCGCCGGUGUCCCCGAUCUUCUCGAAGUUGUCAAACUCCAAGCUACCGGCGCGCAAGAAGUUGCUCGAGCCUUGAGGAAGAAAUUGAAGUAUGGCAAUGUCCAUCGACAACUGAGGGCGCUUACCAUAUUGGAUGGGCUUCUGCAAAAUGGUGGAUCUCGGGUACAACGGGCACUUCUUUCAGACGGACCGCUCCUGGAACGACUCCGGAUAGCUGCCGCAGAUCCAACAUCUGAUCCGGACGUGCGAUCCAAGUGCAAAGUUCUCUUCGGCCAGUGGGUGGCCAGUUCCAAAGACAAUCCAGGUCUUGAGGGGGCCAAGUCCCUGUACAAUCAGCUACCCAAGACCCACAAGCCAGUCCAGCAGAGGCGAGAACAGAGCAGAGUCCUCCGAGAGACGGAAGAAGACGUACAGCGCGAGCAGGAAGGAGAAGUAGCAAGGAGCAGAUCUGAUAGUUUUCAGAGAGUUGGAGAGCCUUCCAGUCCCACAGUACUGCGCAAACAGAGUUCGCCAGUCGCGUUAGGCCAGUCGUCGACGUUCGCGGCCAAGAAGGUGAAGAAGGACAAAAAAGGCAAAGUGAAAGGGUUCGAUCUUGAACGGGAAAAGCCCUCCAUCUUACAGUCAAUCGCCGCCUCCUCCGUCGCCUCCACUGGCCUCACAAACGCCUUGAGACUGGUCAAUCGAGAGUCGCAGCGAGUUUCCGACAAUCCUGAAGUAUUAAAACGAUUCGAGACGUGCAAACAACUACGGCGCCAGAUCUUACGAUACAUCCAAUUUGUCGAGUCUGAAGAGUUCCUUGGCGGUCUGAUACAUGCUAAUGAGGAGCUGGUCAAUGCACUAAUGGCCUUUGAAGUUUUGGACAAGUCUGUGGACGACGACUCGGAUAGCGAGCUGGAAGAAGCACAGCAUCUAAGUAGGCAAGCAGCCCGAAACGAGCAAGCCGCCAGCCGUGACGCAGAGAGAAUGGUUGCAGGUCUGAGCAUCUCCAGCCCGCCCAAGCCUCCACGGCCCGGUCCAGGACAUAUCACCCUGCCUUCACCGCGGCCAACAUCCAACUGGAGGGCCAAACAGGUUGAAAUGGAUAGCGGGAGCGAUAGUGAUGUGGACGACGACGAUCCCGACGAUCCGUUCGGUGAUAAGAACGCGAUGAAUACGCCGGACCCCGAAGCAUUGGGUAAGAAAGGUUACACAUGGCGAGAAGUAUAG